AUGCCGACGACUCCCGACAUAAAGGCAGAAGAUUAUUACAAGGUUCUAGGAGUGGAUCGGAGUGCAUCCGACAGCGAAAUUGCCAAAGCUUACAAGAAGUUGGCUUUGAAGUACCACCCUGACAAGAAUCCUGACAAUAAAGCUCAGGCAGAAGAAAACUUUAAGGUCAUAACAGAGGCCUACGAAGUUCUCCACGACCACGACAAGCGAAAAGCCUACGAUCAGUUUGGCAAAGCUGGCGUGUCCGGUGGGGCCGGAGGGCCGGGAGGAGGACCAGGCGUUUCUUUUCAACAUGCCGAUGAGAUCUUCAAGGCCUUCUUCGGUGCAGGGGAUCCAUUCUCGUUCUUCGGCGGCGACGGCGAUGACGACAUUGCAGGAUUCUUCGGUGGUAAGGGUGGCAUGCCCGGCGGAGCUAGAGUCAUCUUCAGGAAUGGCGGCAUGCCGGGCAUGGGCGGAAUGGGAGGCAUGGGCGGCAUGCCUGGGAUGGGUGGAGGUGACUUCAGCGGCUUUCCAGGCUUCGGUGGAAUGGGCAUGGGGCCAAUGGGCGGAAUGAUGGGCAAAGGUGCCGGCAAAAGCAGGCCGGCCCCACCUGCCUGGGCCAUGCCAGUAAACACUGCCGUUGUCAUCCACGGCUUGAAGUCGCCGGAGCACAAUUCCAAACAAGGGAAAGUCACGGCCUGGGAUGACAGCAAAGGCAGAUACGAGGUCUCGCUGGAUUCCGAGGAGGUCACACUCUCCUUGAGGCCUGCGAACCUCACGCAGAGAUGCACGAUUAAGAUUGUCGGAAUUGAGUCGCAGCCCGACCUGAACGGGAAGUCGGCACAAAUUCUGAGUUUCGACAAAGAGAACUGGCGAUACACAGUUCGACUAAAGGAGCGACCCGCAAGUGGCCGGGAUGCACUCGGCUUGCAGCCGAGCAAUGUGAUCUUGCCGAAGGGAACCAGAGUUGUUUUGGCAAACCUGGGCAAGGAGGAGUUCAAUGGUCUGAUGGCAAACAUUACGGACGUGCAUGAAGAUACAUCCAGAUACGAAGUUGCAUGCCAGAAUGGGAAGGCCAUCAAGAUCAAAUUCGAGAACGUCAUUUGCUAG